UAUGUAACAAUGGCUUUAUUAUCUUGUUCAUUCCCGCGACUGAAUUUUCUCUUCAAUCGAUUUCUUGAAUCAUCUUGGUCGAUGACAAUUAAAGCUCGAAGUUCGUCGUCUGUAACAGCGUCGUCGAGCGACAGCAAAGUGUUGCCGUUUGCUCAUAUUCCAGGCCCUAAAGGAACUGCCCAAAAUCUUUGGGGGUACUUGUUAAGCAAAGGUGCGAUUCUUGAAGUUGUAUCCAAACGCUUCAAAAGAUUUGGACCAAUUUACAGCGAGCAAUUGUUGGACACGCGAAUUGUCAACAUUUCGGAUGUUGAUGCGAUACAAAAAGUUUUAACAAACGAACGAGAAUUUCAAAUGCGGCCCGGUCUCGAAGCUGUCGCUGAGAUUGUUGAGAACGACAAUGGUCUUGGGCUCGCAUCAAACGACUAUGAAACAUGGCGUCCAGAAAGAUCAAUCAUAUCGCCGAAGUUGAUGCGCCCAAAGGAAGUCAGUGAAACAUUUCCAAUCCUCAAUACUGUGGCGAAUGACUUCACGAAGCGAUUAGAUCACCUUAGACAGUCUGACGGCAUAGUAGACAAUAUUCACGAGGAGUUAACGUAUUUCAUGGUGGAAUCGUUUUCUUCGUUUCUGUUCAAUAGGCGUCUUGGUUUCUACAAACAUCCGCCAGAACCUGCAGCCGUCGCGUUUGUGAAUGCAGCUCUGGAUAUGAUCUACAAUGUUGGAAAGCUCUUUUAUGCCACUCCUCUUAACAAGUAUAUCAAGACACCGCCAUACUAUCGGUUGAAGAGAAAUCUCGCCACUAUUCAUGCUUUAGGGAUGGAUAUUAUAGAAGAGGUGUUGGCAACGAAACAGCAAGGACAAGAAAACGAUUUCAGCAUCAAACAAUCAGUGUUUGAAUAUCUUGUUGAAAAUGGUAUGAAUACGCCGAAGAGUAUGGCAGCCAUAACUGGAUUGAUAGCAGCAGGCGUUGAUACAACAAGCACUACAUGUCUGUGGCUUUUGUACGAACUUUCCCGGAAUCCAGAUGUCCAGGAUAGAAUUUAUCAGGAGAUUGCCUCUGCCGUUGGCCCGAAUGAGCACCUAUCUCCAAAAAAGAUUCCUUCGCUUCUUAAAGCAGCUGUAAAGGAGUCGCAACGCAUGUAUCCAGUCGCAGGGUAUAUUGUUCCUCGUGUGUUUCCUAAAGACCUCGAAGUUCUCGGUUACAACAUCCCAGCUGGUGUGAAUGUUUUCUUGCACGAAUAUUUGCUGUCCCUCGACGAGCGUUAUUAUGGGCAAGACGCGAAGCAGUUUGUACCAGAGCGAUGGCUGCGUGAUAAAGCUGGGGGGAAGAAAGAAUUUCAUCCGUUUACUACAUUACCAUUCGGUUAUGGAGUGAGAAUGUGUGUUGGACGGAGGAUGGCCGAGUCAAUCAUCAAUAUUUUGGUGAGCAAGAUCUUACUCAGUUAUCGUUUAGAAUACGUUGGGGAACCUGAUGUUAAUCGAAGUAUAAAAGGAGCGUUGAUGCAGCCAGACAAACCUAUCCUACUAAAAUUCACGCCAAAAAGAAACGACAUGUUUUAAGGAGUAUGUAUUAUCAGUU